AUGAGUGACUGGCAGGAAGAGAUGGAGAUUGCGUCCCAUUACCGGCACCUCCUGAGGGAGCUAGAUGAGCAGCGACACCACGGGGUUCUGUGUGACGUCUGUGUCGUGGUUGAGGGCAAGGUCUUCAAGGCCCACAAGAACGUGCUGCUGGGAAGCAGCCGCUACUUCAAGACGCUCUACUGCCAGGUGCAGAAGACGUCCGAGCAGGCCACAGUCACCCACCUGGACAUCGUCACAGCCCAGGGCUUCAAGGCCAUUAUCGACUUCAUGUACUCGGCACACCUGGCACUGACCAGCAGGAAUGUCAUUGAGGUCAUGUCCGCCGCCAGCUUCUUGCAGAUGACCGACAUUGUGCAGGCGUGCCACGACUUCAUCAAGGCAGCGCUGGACAUCAGUAUCAAGGCUGACGCGUCAGAUGAGCUGGCCGACUUUGACAUGGGCGCUGCCCCCACUGGCGGGGCCGACGCGUUCAUCUCUGCAGUCAUGGCUGGCCGGAGCAUCUCUCCAUGGUUGGCCCGGCGCACCAGCCCAGCCAAUUCCUCUGGGGACUCAGCCAUCGCCAGCUGUCAUGAAGGUGGGAGCAGUUACGGGAAGGAAGACCCGGAGCCCAGGGCCGACACCCAGGAGGAUGUGUCCGCACCACCGUUGUGGCCAAGGGAUGGGGCCUACACACCUCUGCGGGUCAAGGAGGAGCAGGUGUCCCCACCUCAUUAUGAAGGGGGCGAGCUGGCCCUGAGCAAGGAUGCAGCACUACAGGGCACCUUCGCAGAGCAGGGCAGUGGGGAUGGCUGGCAGCCCAGUGGCCGCAGGAAAAACCGCAAGAACAAGGAGACCGUACGUCACAUCACGCCGCAGGUGGAGGCUGACAGCCAGGACAGCUCGCCAGUCCCGUCCUGCUUGCCCGCCUCAGCGUGGCCAUUCAGCAGCCGUGAUGCAAAUACUGACCUGACCCUGACCGAAGCUGGUAGUUCCGACAGCCGCACAGAGAGGUCCGAGCUGUUUGCCCAGACCGACGAGGGCCUGCUUGGCACAGAGGCCAGCUACCUGGGAGCCCCGCUGACCCCGGAGAAGGAUGACGCACUGCAUCAGGCUGCAGCCGUGGCCAACCUGCGGGCCGCGCUCAUGAGCAAAAAUAGCCUGCUGUCCCUCAAGGCGGACGUGCUGGGAGAUGACAGCUCCCUGCUUUUCGAGUACCUGCCCAAAGGCACACACUCCCUCUCACUGAAUGAGUUCACAGUGAUCAGGAAGAAGUUCAAGUGUCCAUACUGCAGCUUCUCGGCCAUGCACCAGUGCAUCCUCAAGAGGCACAUGCGCUCACACACAGGCGAGAGGCCCUACCCCUGCGAGAUCUGCGGCAAGAAGUUCACACGGCGCGAGCACAUGAAGCGGCACACGCUGGUGCACAGCAAAGACAAGAAGUACGUGUGCAAGGUGUGCAGCCGUGUGUUCGUGUCAGCGGCCAGCGUGGGCAUUAAACAUGGCUCCCGGCGCCACGGCAUCUGUGCAGACUGUGUGGGCCGAGGGGGAGCUGGGCCCCUGGACCAAGGUGGUGGCGGUGAGGGGUCCCCGGAAGCACUGUUCUCAGGCGAAGGGCCGUACCUGGAAGACCCUGACGACCCUCGUGGGGAGGGUGAGGAGGAACUGGAUGAGGAUGGGGGCCUGGCCCCUGAGGACACGCUGCUUGGGGUCGACAAAGAUGAAGACUCACCACCAGGACCCCGCAGCCCGUCGGGGGAGGCCGAUGAGGACUUGUCCUGGGUCCCGUAG